AUGGUAGAUGGUGGAGAUUGUAGCGUCAAUGUGAGCAGAGGAGCCAGGAAGAGAGAUGAAGAUUCAGGGACUGAAGUGGGAGAAGGGACCGAUGACUGGAACCAGUCCAAAGUCACAGUUAGACCCCCUGACCAGCUAGAGUUGACAGAAGCGGAGUUGAAGGAAGAGUUCACUCGGAUCCUAACAGCCAACAACCCACACGCACCCCAGAAUAUUGUCAGGUACAGCUUCAAAGAAGGCACGUAUAAGCCUAUUGGCUUUGUGAACCAACUUGCAGUUCACUUCAGCCAGGUGGGCAACUUGAUUCCCAAAGACUCUGAUGAAGGACGGCGGCAGAAAUACCGCAAUGAAUUAGUGGCAGGUUCCCAGGAGUCCAUCAAGCAGGUGGUUUCAGACACAGAAGUCCUUGAAGAAGAGGAAGAACCAAAGGAACCAGGAACAGAAGCUGGCAGUCAAACAGAUGUGCCUGUAACUGAAGCAGCUGAAAAAGUAAUUGAAGAAGAACUUAUGGCUCCUGUGCAGCCCAAGGAGCGAAAACUCACUAACCAGUUUAACUUCAGUGAGAGGGCAUCACAGACUUUAAACAACCCUCUUCGGGACCGAGAAUGCCAGAUGGAGCCUCCUCCCAGGGCAAACUUUUCAGCCACAGCCAAUCAGUGGGAAAUCUAUGAUGCCUACAUGGAUGAACUUGAAAAGCUGGAAAAGACCAAAGAGAAAGAAAAGGCAAAGACUCCAGUGGCUAAAAAAACAGGGAAGAGGGCCUCAAGGAAGCUAACAUCCAUGGAGUCCCAGAGUGAUGAUAUCACAAAAGUGUCCCAAGCUGCUAAAAUUGUGGAGCGCAUGGUCAACCAGAAUACAUAUGAUGAUGUUGCUCAAGAUUUUAAGUACUAUGAGGAUGCUGCUGACGAAUACCGAGACCAGGAGGGUACGCUACUGCCACUCUGGAAGUUCCAAAAUGACAAAGCCAAGCGCCUGGCUGUUACCGCCCUCUGCUGGAAUCCAAAGUACAAUGAUCUGUUUGCAGUGGGACACGGCUCCUAUGACUUCAUGAAGCAAAGCCGGGGCAUGCUGCUCCUCUACAGCAUGAAGAACCCCAGUUUUCCUGAAUACAUCUUCAGCAGUGAGAGCGGCAUCAUGUGUCUUGACAUGCACGUGGACCAUCCCUACCUGGUGGUAGUGGGCCACUAUGAUGGCAACGUGGCCAUUUACAACCUCAAGAAACCCCACUCUCAGCCCUGCUUCCGAAGCACGGCAAAGUCGGGCAAGCACACGGACCCUGUGUGGCAGGUAAAAUGGCAGAAGGAUGACAUGGACCACAACCUAAACUUCUUCUCUGUGUCGUCUGACGGUCGGAUCGUGUCUUGGACACUAGUAAAGAGUGAGCUGGUUCACACAGAUGUCAUCAAGCUGACGGUGGAAGGCAGCACGACAGAGAUUCCUGAGGGACUGCAGUUACACACUGUGGGCUGUGGCACUGCUUUCGACUUCCACCGAGAGAUCGACUACAUGUUCCUAGUAGGCACAGAGGAGGGGAAAAUCUACAAGUGCUCUAAAGCCUACUCCAGCCAAUUCCUAGACACCUAUGAUGCCCACAACAUGGCAGUGGAUGCUGUGACCUGGAACCCAUACCACAGCAAGGUCUUCAUGUCCUGCAGUUCUGACUGGACAGUGAAGAUCUGGGACCACACCAUCAAGACCCCCAUGUUCAUCUAUGACCUGAACUCAGCCGUGGGUGAUGUGGCCUGGGCACCAUACUCUUCCACUGUGUUUGCUGCAGUCACCACAGAUGGGAAGGCUCAUGUGUUUGACUUGGCCAUCAACAAGUAUGAAGCCAUCUGCAACCAGCCCGUGGUGGCCAAAAAGAAGAAUAAGAUCACCCAUGUGAAGUUCAACCCCAUCUACCCUAUCAUCAUUGUGGGUGAUGACCGUGGGCAUAUCACCUGCCUCAAACUCUCACCUAACUUGCGCAAGAUGCCAAAGGAAAAGAAGGGGCAGGAAGUUCAGAAGGGCCCAGCUGUGGAGAUCGCAAAACUGGACAAACUACUGAACCUGGUGAGGGAAGUGAAAACCAAGAUCUGAUGGUCUGGUCUCAGUCUCUGCCCAUUUAUUGAACUAAUAUAUUCCAG